CUUUCUUUCUUCUAACGUUCAUCAUGGCCUCGUCUUCGCCUGUUCAGCCUGUGGAAUCGCCCUCUCAAACCCCUUCUGUUUCUGCAUCUGCGUCGUCAGGGAUUGCAUCGCCUGCAUCGGCUUCAACGUCUGCCUCGACGUCGACGGCGCAGCAAGAAGAGCCAACUGACUACAAAGUCUUUGCGCCAUCCAAUAACCCUGGUCGACCACUCCCUCCUCUUUCAGACGAUUAUUUUACCCCUACUGCCCUUGAACUCAAAGCUGCGCAGGCGACGCUUGCUGCGCGGACGAAUAAUCUUGUGAAUGCGCCGUUACAGUUGAGAUCGAAGAGGGAGGAGGCGGAGAGGGCGAAGAGGGAGCGCUGGCCGCAGACUACUGUUAGGAUUAGGUUCACGGAUCGUACGCAACUUGAGAAGGUGUUCCCGUCGACGAACAAGAUCCGUUCUGUUUAUGCGUUUGUGAGGGCGUGUCUGAGGGAUGAUAUCAAGCCUAUCAAGUUUAUUCUAUACCAGUCCCCGCCGAGACGAGAUCUGAAAGUAUCAGACCCUAAAGUGAGAGAUUUGACACUGGCGGAACUGCAACUCGCCCCUGCUUCCGUGCUGUUGUUGCGAUUCGAGGAUGAGAGUCUGAACAAAACCGACUAUCCCGCCCCGUUACUACCUUCGGUGUUGUCCAAGAUGGAAGAGUUGCCGGCUCCUAAGACGGAAGACAAGAGCCCAACGCCACCUGCAGCAGAAGAGAAGACACCAAAGAAAUCCCAGUUGACUUCGGAUAGUAACAAGCCUGGUGAAUUGAAGGUGCCAAAGUGGCUGAAGCUUGGGAAGAAAUAGAUACAGAUGAUCACCGCGCCCAUGUACCU